AUGAUCUUUCAAUACUCUCUCUUCGCAGCACUAGCAGCCGUAGCCUUGGCUACACCAACCCCUACCAAGACUUCUAAGCUAUCAAAUCACCUUGGCAAACGAGAUUACUGCGGCGAUCAUGAGAACCAAAUGGCAACUUGGUAUGACCGUGGCACGGACCCCAACCAAAUUACAGCUUGCGGACACCAGUAUGAUCCCUCAGCUCUUGUCGUCGCCAUUUCGACAGAUGUACCAAACUACAAGUCCUUCUGCGGCCGCGAAAUCCUUAUCUCUUCCAGAGAGCAGUUAGCUGCAGUAGUCGCCAUUAUCGAUGAUGCCAAUGCCACUGGUGAUCUGGGAGAAUUCGCUCUCGACCUUUCCCCGGCUGUCUUUGAUAUCCUUUCACCAACCGACCACACCAUUGACCAAGACGGAGAAGUUGCUAUUGACUGGGUUGUACUGGGUGGCGAUCCCUGCCCUAUAGCCGUUCUGCUGUAUGAGCUAUUUUGA